GCUGGAGCGCCUCCGCUCCUCGGCUUCAGACAGAGGGCGAGCGCCGGGGCAGGGUGGAGGGCUGGAGCCGGAGCUGGGUGAUAGAUUUCCCUCAGAAACAGAGUUUAAACUGCCGCUAAACAUGGAGUUUCUGAUAGGAAACCCGUUCUCUACUCCUGUGGGACAGAGGAUAGAAUAUGCCACCAGCUCCUCUCUGCCGUCUGAAGACUGGGGUCUAAAUAUGGAAAUAUGUGACAUCGUCAAUGAGACAGAGGAAGGACCUAAAGACGCAGUCAGAGCCAUUAAGAAGAGGAUUGUGGGGAACAGGAAUUUUAGAGAGGUCAUGUUUGCGCUGACGGUUCUGGAGGCUUGUGUGAAGAACUGUGGCCACAGAUUUCAUGUCUUGGUGUCGGCGAGGGAUUUUGUGGAGGGGGUUUUGGUCCGAACCAUUUUACCUAAAAACGAUCCGCCUCUCGUUCUUCACGACAGAGUUCUGAACAUCAUACAGGCCUGGGCUGAUGCUUUCCGCAGCUCUCCAGAUUUGACUGGUGUAGUUUUUGUGUAUGAAGAUCUCAGAAGGAAAGGUCUGGAGUUUCCAGUGACUGAGCUGGAUAAUUGUUCCCCUAUACACACACCCAGGAAGAGUAUUCCUGACUGUGAGUUCCCUGAAGCCCCUGUUUCUCCCAGACAUCCGGCACAGUCACCCCAGACACAGGCACCAGCCCAGCGGAACGCAGACGGUCCCAUCACUUUAUCACCUGAUCAGGUGAAGAAGCUGAGGGCUGAUCUGGAGGUGGUGCGUGGAAACCUCAGAGUGAUGUCUGAGAUUAUGACCCAGAUGAAUCCCCGACAAAUUCAGCAAACUGACUCAGAACUCCUGCAGCAGUUAUACUCCACAUGUAAGGCAACCCAGGAUCAAGUAAUGCACCUCAUUCCCAGAGUAUCGGAGGAGAAACUGGUAGAGCAGCUUCUGGUUGCCAAUGACGACAUGAACGCAACCUUCACACGAUAUCAGAGUUUUAAGAGACAUCUGAAUGAAAAAACACAAAAUAGUGAAAACUCAUGUCCAGCUUACAGCAAUCUCAUUGACCUUAAUUCUGCACCACCAUCUAAACUUCACGACCAAUCAGAAAGAGGGACUGAGAGCCACACAGUCAGCUCGUUGUCCAACCAGAUGGCUGGUCUAAGCACAAAGGAAGAAGAUAGUCGUCAGCAACAUCGAAAUUCUUCAGCAGAGAUUCAACAAAGAGACAGUGAGGAGAAUUCUACAAUACUGGAUGAGUUAGCUGCAGCACACACUCGAUUACAGAGCGCCGGCGUGGAUGACAGCCUAGACUCCAACCUCCUCGGCACAUCCCCUCAGUUUAACUGGAUGGUGGAGAAGGGAAUGAUUCCAGUCAAUCAGAGUGGAGUGAUGGAUGACAUUGAGCGAUGGCUUGAUGUGGACGAUGAUGACGAACUGGCAGAUUCUGAAGGUGUGACUAGUGAAGAGUUUGACCGAUUCUUGGCCGAGAGAGUGAAAGCAGCAGAGCGCCUUCCUUCUGUGAAAGCAUCGUCUCCUGACCACACGCCCUCAAAAUCAUAGUAACUGCAGGGAUAAGGUUACAAACAAGUAUGACUGGUAGUAUAACAUUGCUCAUAAUAAAGGUUUUCUCUUGUGUAUAGUUCUGUAGCAAAGGACCAUGUUACAUACAGCUCUGGAAAAAAAUAAGAGACCACUUAAAAAUGAUGAGUUUCUUUCAUUUUACCAAAUUGAAAAACUCUGGAAUAUAAUCAAGAGGAAGAUUGAUGAUCACAAGCCAUCAAACCAAACUGAACUGCUUGAUUUUUUGCAUCAGGAGUAAAUGCAUAAAGUUAUCCAAAAGCAGUGUGUAAGACUGGUGGAGGAGACCAUGAUGCCAAGAUGCAUGAAAACUGUGAUUAAAAACCAGGGUUAUUGCACCUAAUAUUAAGGUCUGAAAGCUCUGCAUCUUUUUUGUUAUUUCAGACCUUUCUCAAUUUCUGCUAAUAAAUGCUCUAAAUGACAAUAUUUUUAUUUGGAAUUUGAGAGAAAUGUUGUCUGUAGUUUAUAGAAUAAAACAACAACGUUAAUUUUACUCAAACAUAAACCUAUAAAUAGCAAAAUUAUAAAUAGCAGACAAACUGAUUCAGAAACAAAAGUGGUCUCUUAAUUUGUUUCAGAGCUGUAUAUUAUGCAUCAUGUAUUGAGUAGCUUCACAAAGGUUUGUUACGAUAAUCUUAAUUCACAGUUCAUGACAGUUUUCUUAACACCAGUAAUCUUAGUUUCCCUGUCGUUGAUGACAAAUAAGGUUUUAGGUGUUUUUUAAUUAUGGGUUUAAGAUGAUUAUAAUUUAGCUAAUAUUUUAAAAACAUAAAAUUUAUUUUAUCCAGCUUAUUCUGUGUGAUGACAAGGAGGGUCCAUGUUUAUUUGAUUUGUGUCAAAUCCUCCGGUGCAGCAGCCACAGACGCAGCUUCCCUUAUACUAGUGCAUCUAAAAAUGUUUGAAUAUCAAUAAAAAGUGACUUUAUUUCAGUAAUUUAGUUCAAAAUGUGAAACUCAUAUAUUAUAUAGAUGUAUUAAACACAGAUUGAUCUAUUUUAAGCAUUUAUUUCUUUUAUUGUUGAUGAUUAUGGCUUACAGCCAAUGAAAACCCAAAAAUCAAUGUCUCAGAAAAUCUGAAUAUUAUAUAAGACCAAUUGGUACUUUUGUCAGUGUGGGCAGUGUGCCAAGUCCUGCUAGAAAAUGAAAUCCACAUCUGCAUAAAAGUUGUCAGCAGCAGAGGGAUAAUGUAAGGCUGUAAGAUUUUGUGGGAAAACAAAACUGCACUGACUUUAGACUUGAUAAUAAAACACAGUGGAUCAACACCAGCAGAUGACAGACAUGCCUCUCCAAACCAUCACUGAUAAUCAGUACAUUUUACAUUUCAUUUGUAAAUCAAGGGAGCAGAGUCAAGGGAUCAAGUCUAAAGUCAGUGCAGUUUUGUUUUCCCACAAAAUCUUACAGCACUUCAUGCUUCCCUCUGCUGCUGACAACUUUUAUGGAGAUAAAAGCGGAUUUCAUUUUCCAGCAGGACUUGGCACACUGCCCACACUGCCAACCAAAAGUACCAAUUGGUCUUAUAUAAUAUUCUAAUUUUCACUAUUUUUUGGGUUUUCAUUGGCUGUGAGCCAUAAUCAUCAACAAUAAAAGAAAUAUGCGCUUAAUAUAGAUCACUCUGUGUGUUUAAUACAUCUAAAUAAUAUAUGAGUUUAACAUUUUGAACUGAAUUACUGAAAUAAAUUAAUAGCAAUUAAUAUGAAUUACUAUGACCGGAUAUUCUAACACAAAUGCAGAAGAAACAAACUCUUGGCAGAAUAAGGUGGAUAGACAAGAGGUGCUGCACAAUAGUAUAUAGUUUUACAUGACAAUAUGCCAUUCUCUGCUUUACCAGAUUGUUAUACAGUUAAUAUUUUUGCCAUGAGCACUUUAAUGGAGUAAUGUUAGCUGGAACUGCUUGUACUCACACUUUUUUGACAGACAUUUUAUUGUAUUUUUCAUAAUAAACACUAAUAAACAGUGGCUAUCAGAAGUGAA